CUUAGUUCUCCAUCCGCCUAUACUCAAUAUAGUAGGCUAACGUACGGCUUGUAUAUCUUACCGUAUAUCCUAGAGGUCGCGAGUUCGAUCCCUGCAUUGGCCGAGAAAGUUCAUCGGGAUUUCUCGGUGUGGUUUCCCCCUGUCAGUGCUCGCAACGUACGGCUUAGAAUCGCUAGGUAAUGAACGGCAAAAUAACCAUAGAGGUGUCAUGUUUUUCAUGCAGGGAAAAGCAUUCACAGAAUAGAUUAUUCUUUUGUGUUCCGGUUAUCUUUUUUUUUACCACAGGACGGGAUUUUAAUGAAGUUAUUCUCUUUGUGGAUAUCAUUUUAAUUUCUAAGAAGUAUUAACCUAAUUAAUGUACAAACAAGUGGUGGAAAAACUGACUUCAGUUUAUCAAGUAUAGAAAAACGGAUAUAUCAAAGUUCCGUUCGGAAGUAACCAAAGUGGGCGGGGUCGAAGCCUUGGUUUUACAGGCCAGCUUCUGGUUACAAAUAAUCAUUUUAUUUUAUACAAUACGGGAAGACGGACUGAAUUUGUUUGUUCAAACUAAAUGAUAAAAAAAGGUUUUUGCAAUGACUCUUGAUUUCCAAAUUCAUGAGGAAAUUGUGGAUUAUAUUAGAGUAUUUCAGGUUGGAAUGUUUGCUCAAAAAGUGGAUUAUAUUGGAAUAUUUCUAAUGAGACUUUAGUCUGUGUAUUAAGAAAAGCAACAAUAUACACUGGAGUUACGGCGUUAUAUCUCUCAAGAAAACUGUAGUUAGGGUGUGUUCGUGUCGAUUCCUGGAGUUGUGUUAUAUCUCUCAAGAAAACUUAAGUUAGGGUGUGUUCGUGUCGAUUCCUGGAGUUGCGUUAAAUAUCUCUCAAGAAAACGAUAGUUAGGGUGUGUUCGUGUCGAUUCCUGUGUUAUAUCUCUCAAGAAAACUGUAGUUAGGGUGUGUUCGUGUCGAUUCCUGGAGUUGUGUUAUAUCUCUCUAGAAAACUUUAGUUAGGGUGUGUUCGUGUUGAUGCCUUGGAUAAUGGCUGUCAAAUACAUCUUGACGUUCAUCUGGUUAGUGGGUUUCUUUUCAAAAGCAAAUGGAGUUUCAGCAGCCAUACAAAUAAAAUAUUACAGUACGGCAUCUACCACGAGUCUGGACAAUCACAACUGGAUUUCGCGUAUCCCGAACAGUCGGGCUAUUAGCGACAUGUCAAUUCCGGGAACUCACAAUACGGUGAGUUUUUUCGGGGGACCAUACGCGCAGUGCCAGACCUUACCGUUGCUGGAACAAUACAAGGCCGGUAUUCGCUUCGUGGAUAUUCGAUGUCGGCAUAUCGCGAAUGAACUGCCUAUUUAUCAUGGGAUUAUGUAUCAGAAUAUUGAUCUGUACGGAGUUAUAAACGACACGGUGCAAUUUCUGAACCAAAACCCGGAAGAAUUGAUCUUAAUGAGGAUACGAGAGGAAUCUGCUCCAAGGGACAGCACUCAGAGCAUGACAACUUCAAUACGAAACUGUAUCAAUUCGUAUCCUCAACACAGAUUCUGGCAUUCUGUUACAUGGCCGACACUUGGACAGGCCAGAGGCAAAAUAAUCAUCUUACAGCAGUUUGACACGCAUCACUAUAUUUGGGUACCAUACCGAUCUAUGAAUAUCGAAGACCAUUGGAAUGUUCGGGCAUUAUCACGAAGGCAUCUGCUGGCAAAAUGGCGUCAUGUUAAAACUCAUCUGAAACGAAUAUCAGGCGGGACAGACGAUAACCGGGUUCACCUAGCUUACACUUCCGGUUCAAGCUUCAUGGCGUUUCCCUAUGCUGUUGCUAUGCGACAGAAUAGAAACUUGUGGAAGUUUUUUCGUCAAGAAGAGAGCAGACACUGUGCAAGAUACGGAAUCAUCGGAAUGGAUUUUCCCGGGGAUGUUUUGAUCAACCAGAUUAUUGAGAAGAAUUUUCGAAAUGGUAGAAAUUGUCCGGUGUGAAAUGCCGGAUGAAAGAGACUUGAACGGAUGGGUCAACUUAUUUAUUUAUUGUUUACACGCAUGCUCAAUAACUGGCUAAAUAAACUUAAACGCAUUUAUAAUCUUGCUGUAUCCCUUAUUUGUGAAAUAAUGGCGGAGAUAGCCAGCCUCUCUAGCUCCCCCGCUUUUAACUUUACAAUCUGAUUAAAACACAGAUACUAUUUCGUUUCGUUUUUUAUAGUUCAAAAUUUCGUUUUACUUGUCUUUACUGUACUAUAGGAUCUAGAGAGAGAGAGAGAAAGAGAGAAAUGGGGUUUAACCUCCACUCGACUGUAAACUAGGUCAUUUCGGGACUUACAUUUGAUUCAAUUUUAUUUCAAGAAUUCCCUUUUAUUCAAUAAUUCGAGAAAACCCACGAGGUUGGAGAGGUGAUCCUAUUCUUUGUCACGUACAACUGGGGAUUCGAAACACGCCAGUUGACUCAAUCACAGUCUCUCUCUCUCUCUCUCUCUCUCUCUCUCUCUCGCUAACCAUUCGGCCAUCAACCCACACACACCCACACCCACACACUAGGAUCUGGAAGAGUUGUUAUACAACCGGCGUUCUGGGUGGUGUCAGGGACCUUCCAAUGAAACAGCGUGAGAUGCACGGAACUGUGAGUAACCCACUAGAGGUAUCAGUACUGAUUGGUUAAUCAAUGUUCGACAGCAUAGGGUCAAAAGCCGCUCGUAAAAAUGACCCCUGACGCAACCUUCCACUACAACAGGUCAAAAGUAUAAAAAAAAACUGAAACUAAAUAUAGAUGUUUAUUUUAAUGAGAUUGACACGAUUGCGACCUCAAUAUAUGUUAAGACCUGAUAGGAUCAUACCUGAUAGCUGGAACCUAGCAUUUAUAAUUGUACUGGAACUACAUAGGAUACGAUUCUAACUUCACAAUAAGAAAUGAAAUGAAAUGAAAUGGGGUUUAACGUCCUACUGUUCUGCUCCUAUACUGGGCUAAUGAAGACGGGCAUACGCCAUACAGUGUGCUAUGAGGGAAAUUUUGCCCGGGCAGCGGCACUAUCGCCUACUCUUAAAGCGAAUUCCAACUGCCAAGGGAUCUUUUACGUGCAUUCCAAUGUAUACACGGGACCUCGGUUUUUCGUCUCAUCCGAAGGACUAGACAGCUGUCCUUUUCAGGCCCUCCGUUCUGCACCACUGACAAGGGGAAACCUGGAGGUCAGGUGUUCGAUCCCUGCAUUGGCCGAGAAAGUUCAUCCAGAUUUUCCGGCGUUGUUCCCCCUUGUCAGUCAGAUCCCUUUACAGUUGGAAUUCGAUAUAAGAGUUGGCCGUAGUGCCGCUGUCCGGGCAAAAUGUACCUCAUAGUAUUCCCGUCUUCAUUAGCCCAGCUCGCAGCAGAACAGUAGGACGUUAAACCCAUUUCAUUUCAUUUCGUGUCCUGUUUGAAAGCAAAUGAAGAAAUGUCAACUCAGUAUAAUCACAUCCAGUGCAGGUAAAGAUAAAACAAAAAGCAUUUAAGUUUAAAUAUAAAAUGGUUUUAUUAUUAACGUAUGGCCAUCCUUAUAAAUAUUAUAAAUAUUAUUAUGUACAAUUAAAAUAAAUAUAUCUAUAAAUUAA